AUGGACUACAACACCAACAACAACUACUCCACCACCUCCUACAGCGCUGGUGGUGGCGGCGGCGGAGGCGGUUUCAUGCCAGGCUCCCAAAACGCCUCCGACUCCCCCUCCGGCGGCAAACGCUCCUACGGCAAAGACACCCUCCGCCCCUGCACCAUCAAACAACUGCACGACGCCAUCCACCCGAACCCGGACGCCGAAUACUUCCUCAUCGACGGCAGCGAAACAACCCAAAUCACUUUCGUCGGACAGGUGCGGGCGAUCAGUAUGCAGACGACGAACGUGACGUAUAAGCUGGACGACGGGACGGGGAUUAUGGAGGUGAAGCAGUGGAUUGAUGCGGAACAGCAGUCUGGGGAUGACGGAGGGGAUGGUGGGGGGCAGGAGAGGAAGGAGAAGGAGAAGGUGGUGGAGCAGGGCUAUGUGCGGGUUUGGGGCCGGUUGAAGGCGUUUAAUAAUAAGCGGCAUGUGGGCGCGAACAUCAUUCGGCCGAUCAAGGAUUUCAAUGAGAUUCAGUAUCAUUUGCUGGAGGCGACGGUCGUGCAUCUUCACUUCACGCGGGGACCACCGGGCGAGCUUAACGACAAUUCGAAAGGUGGUGCGCAGAACAUGAAUGGCAACGGCGGUGCAUACGACGCAGGCGAUAUGGGCGGGGUGCAGAAACUCCCAGCGGGCACUUCCGCCGCGGCGAGGAAGGUCUAUCAUACGAUUGCGAAUACCCCCCAAUCGCAUGAAGGGCUGCAUGUACAGCAGAUUGCGCAGACGGGCGGGAUGGAGAUUGGGGAGGUGUUGAGGGCGGGGGAGGAAUUGGUCGGGUUGGGCGCGAUUUAUACUACGGUUGAUGAGCAGACUUGGGCGUUGUUGGAUGUGAAUUGA